AUGGUUGCUUCUCUUUUUGAAGAGGGAGGACCUACGUUGCUUCAGAAAUCGACGGGAUCGUCUGUCUCAUCAUCCGUGGAGUGCAUCGACACGAUCCCUUCACGGUCACAGUCCCCCACCUCGGCCACAAAUGACCAGGACUGCACGGAGGACACAACUGCCGUGGCUUCUUCCGCGUGCAGCAGCCCUGGCCCAUUUGAAGACCUCGAGGCCCCCCUCAUCCCAUCAUCAUCAUCUACACGCUGUUCCAGACUAUCCGCACGGAUCAAACAGCACCUUUCCUUCUCCGGAGGCUCCACCGACGGAUCCCCGGGAAAGGGAACUCCUCACCAGAAGCCCACCAAGGGCAUUCUGCGACGACGGAAAGUGUACUGCAGCAAGAGAGGAGAGCCGGCCACGUCGUUUGGCACGGAGAGCAGCACCGAAGAAGGAUCUCCGGAACGCAGGGUCGGAAGCAGUCCAGCGCGUAUUUGUAAGAAGGCGUUGGGGAGGGUGUUGAACCUGGGCUCGGACUCCGGCACGCGGAAGCUGGGGAAGAAAGAGAAGAAGGUGCCGAAGUCCGUAAGCAUCGAGGAGCCGGAAUGCUCUCCGGAACAUGCGCUGCAUCGAGAGAGGACCGAGAGCCUAAGGAAAAAGAGGAGGGGAAAGAAAAAGCCUCCGCUGGUGUUUGGCGGCACGUUCCCCAUCGACGAGCCCGUGGACCUGCCGCGCGGUGCCGUAGCCAGGGCUGCGGCCAGCUCAAUCAACCCAGCGACGUACCCGGUUGAUGCGGUUUGCUGCACGCCGCCAAAUUUGUGCGAAGACCACGCGAAGGUGUUCAUGUCGCUGGGGGUCAAGGGGCCAGCUGAAAAGGAGGUGAACCCAAAGCAUGAGGCGAAAGUCUCAAGACCAGAUACACCUUCAAAGAGGGGCACUGGGUGGUUCCGACUUUGGGGUGGCACUGACGCCAAGCUUCACAAGUCAUGAGUGAUGAUAGGUUACUAUGUGACGAUUAUUCUAGCGUAUUUAAAAGCGUGCCUAGAAAAAAUAUUUUGUGUGGCACACUCGUGCAAGGAGGAUAGCAUACACUGUGUGUAGCUGGAUCGUAAAAAAGGGACCGACGGUAAACAUAAAUAAUGGAAUUGUAAAAAUGUGUAAUAGUGAUAAGAAUAAGCGCUUUUAUGUCUUUGCUGUGUACAGCGUUGUUUCUCCUCCCAUAUUUUGUGUACGACUAAGUGCAUCGAUGGAGUUCCUAUGAUGUUCAAGUGACUCGUAACAAUUGCCUAGCUCUAUUUUUGCCUGCCUCGGGUUUUUCAACUGUUCUGUGGUACAAAAGCGUCUGCAGCUAUGCUGUGCAAUGUGUCUGAGAUAUUUCUCUAUGCUUGUUUAAAAUGGUAUAAAUUGUGUGCAAAAGCUGUGACUUCCGAUGGACUGAUUGCAAAAGCAGCAGAAAUAUGUAAUCGCAAGAAUUAGCUCUUACAUGUUAUGUUUUAUGUUGUCUUGCUUAUCAACCUAUCAAUGUCUGUAAGAGACAGUGUCAUUUUUUGAGCCAAUGUAAUAUAUGUAAUUUUGCUGUGACGAAAUGAAGUCUCAUUUCUGUAUGCUGGUGUGCCUCGGUGUAUGAAGCAUGUUGUAUGUCUUUGUCAGUUUUUAUAACCUUUUUUGAAAGUUUAUAGACAUUAGUAAUGCCCUGUUUGGGAAUAACACAUUGUGCUUGGUGUUGCCAGAGGAGGAGUGUUUGUUUCUGGCGUUAGUAUGGAUCUAAGAGCUACAGCAGUGGAAAUUUGUGCAAAUUGGUGAAGCAUACUUCAGUUAGCGAUUACUGGGCAAGCACGUUGCUUGUCCUAUCCAUGUUUUGUUCUUCAUUGCUCUCAUCACUGUCUUAACUAGUGCUGUGGUAGUAGUGCUCUUGAACAAGGUGCAUAGUGAUCUGAUAUCCUAGCAAAGUAAUGUGCUUAUUUAAAUAUAAAAUGCUCUCGUGACAAACUUAGAAUGAUCAAUGAUCUGUAGCUCUUCAGGUGUAUGAACCUUUCAGCUAAAGGCACAGCAACAGUGAAUUAUAAUUCCUGAGGAAUUUUGGUGGAAAGCAUGACAUUGCCAAAAUCAUGACAUGUUCAGUGUGCAUUCGAUGCACAGUUCCGAUCAAUUAUGUGCAGUGCGCCUCUGCGCAGUACCACACUAAAACAGAGAAAGCUCGCAAGGUGGUAGCUCUCUGUGUAGCAGAAUGCAGACGACAUAAGCUUCGACAAAAUUAGAAGGACAAAGGACAUUAACUUCGCAGGGCGUGGGCACGGCUCAGUGUGAUAGUUAAGUGUAUGCCAAGAAUGUCUGCAUCAUAAAUGUAUGUGCAGUGGCGUACGGUGUCUCAUGUAUGUGAUGCUUACGAUCGCUUACAACUUAUAAAGGGUUGUUACACCACUUGUGUCUAUACAAGGUAUGCUAAAGGGCUUGCAUCUCCAUCAGCGGCUCUAACGUGCACUCACGUCACAUGUAAGCGGGUCUUUCGUGUCUAAUGAUGAUGCAGUGCCAAAUGCCCUCGCAUAUUUGACACUAUUUGAGAACGUAUAGUAUUGAAAGUUGAAGUUGAUUCAUCUACAUUUCUGAAGUUGUAUUUGUAGGAACAAAGAACCUUGCUAGUGUGGAAUGCACAAAACAGAAGCAGACAGUACGAAAGGCUGUUUGUUGGGCAGUGCUGAAAUGCCUCAAACACUUAAAACAUGGUUUGAAGUGGAUAUUUGAAAGGUUACUGACCCAGUAUGCAAAAAUUUAGUGAAGAGUGCAAUAUUCGAAAGUUCGUAAAAUCUGCACCAGGCUAUAAAGUUAAAAUUUCUGGCACAUUUAAAGGCAGACUGUAUCUCUGGUAAAAUAUUUCUAAAACUUGUGCACUUGCCACUUACUGCACAUGUUUCUUAUUGCCAGCCCUUGGCCAGAAGUAGUUGUACGUGACCUGCUGUGAGAGCAGACAUGUGCUUGUCUGAUACUGAGAACAAAGCUUACAUAUGCUUGCACUACUAGCUGUAGCACAAUCUAAAAAUGGGUGACCAUACGGCACUUGGCAAUGCACUGGUCCAGGUUUGACAUUGGCUAGCGACUAGGUCGUUGAUUUCUCUGACUCCAUUCAACAGGUUAGUUUUAGCAAAAUUUUAAUGUGAAAAGGUUGUCGCAAGACUAGCAUGUUUUAUGAAGAUUUCUCUUUGGCAUAAUGGUACCUGACUAGUUAUGCAGGAAAUGCAUGUCAAGGUUUGUAAUGCAGAAAUGCCUGUCUCUCAGACAACUCCUCAGCAUAAAGAGGAGUAGUAGUGAAAUUAAUUACAGAAAAUGUAAUGAAAAGGUAUGCCGGUAGCCACACAGGUUCACAUAUUUGCGUAAUCAUUUUUUGUGGAAGUAAUUUGUCACAUAAUGACCAAAUUCAGUCACCUUUGCAUUGCUUAAAAUUGGCAGAGAUGAUUCUUUGAAGAAUGGCAGUUAAUGAAAAGGAUUCUGAUGAGCUGAAUGGCUGGCACAGUUCAUUAUCUUACUAAUGUUCAAAGACCAUAAUAUGUCGAGCCGUCCCAUGUUAUUAUGGGCUUUGCGUGUACUCUAGUCCAAUUGCUUGGUGCAUUUGUACUUGAACUGCGUCAUGUAUCCUGGAGCAUUUAAUGACAGUGCUGUCAGCAUUUAUGUAGGCCUAAUUCCUUAUAGAAUGGGCUUAGCACCCCUCUUGUAUGUAGCAUUUCGCUUGGACAUAGGAUGACAGGCACUCGCAGUUAUUGCUGGAUGUAUAAUUCAUUGCCACGUGCUUGUCAUGUGUCCGACAUUACAAAAUGCAAUGUGCACUUUCUAGGGAAAACAGCAAUGUGCCGCAGUGAUUGUUGUGCCAGAGCUGGGAAAAGUUUACUUCACAUGGUUUGCCUUUUGUAUCAUACACACUGUGUUGCGCCACAGCACUAACUGCUGCUUGCCUUUGUAAGGUGCAGUUAAAGUUAAGGCACUGUUAAUGUUAUGCUGCAUUUUGUAGGAGAUGUUUAUUUUGACACAUGUGAUAUGUAAUAAUGUACACAUACAUAGCUAUGUGUAUGUGUGUUCUAUUUUACUAUUCUAUUAAUUGUGCCUUAUAAGUACAUGUAUUAUUGCAAGUUUCCCUUCCUUGACUUUAUUUAUAAUGUCCGGUUUCAAGCACCUGAUGCAGCUUCCUCUUAGCUGGCCUUGGAUUAUGAAAUUUUGAUAGGCAGGAGCUUUUAUGCAUCAUCGACAACAAUCGUUGUUCCUUCCCUCAUCUAUUUUGAAGGCGCGAAAUGAAUUUUGGUAUAGAGAUGUGUAACAUAUUCCUAUUUCUCUAUACCUAGUAGUUUCCCUUUAUUCUUACUAUUAUUAUUGACAGCAAUACAACUGGUCCUUAGGUUCUGUAGAGUGUGUUCACACAAGGUUGACUUUCCCAUCAAAAACAAUAGAAACUAGGCUUGCAACUCCUGGCAUAGUAGUGUGGACGGUGCGGCAAAUCCUGCCUUGAAAGUCAGAAAGGCGUGGACUAGUUUUAGCGUCCUGUGUGAUACGGAAGUUUGCCCGCAAAAAUCUAUAGCAAAUGCGAUUUUUGAUAAGUAUACUGUCGCCUCCAUGACUGCUGCAUUUUAUUGAGCCAAACAGCCAUAUUUUUUACACCAUGGGCUAGACUUGCCGAGCAUUUGGGCAUUUACUCAUUCCAACUCCUAUGCUUUCAGUGUACAGCGAAUAAGUAGACAUUUCCAAAAAAAAGUCUCUCUCUACUAGUACCUUCUGGGAGAUUUUGCUCGUCCAGAAGGUUUGGCUCAAUCCCAUUCCCAGUCAAAUCUUAGUAUAAUAUGAUAUAUGUUAGGCACUUUUAUUGUGUCACAGAUAGUGCACUGUAGUGUUGUGUAAUAUUGUCUCCUCUUUGUGACAUGAUGCCGAGGCUACAAUAAUUUUCGUCCAACUGUCUAAGCAGCUAGGGCUUAUCGAAUACUGCGGUACUCAUCGUCUUUCGUGCACCACAAUUCUUGUUUAUCUACUUAGACCCCCCCAAAAAUCUUCAAUUUCUUUUUUUUUACUUUACAGCUUAGUAGCUCAGAAAAGUGAACUUUAUUUGAAACCUGCUACAGUGAAGACACAUGGAAAUAACACUUCAUAGCUGUGUGAAAUGCCCAUACACGUCAGGGCGACAUCACGUAUUGCACCGAGCACGUGAGAGAGGUGCAGCUGUAACUCAUGAGAACACUUCACGAAAUUUCUACGUUAUUCGAAGGUCAUGUCGGUUUGUGGUUAUGUGGGAGUGUGAUAGCAACCAGGACUACAAUAAAAGUAUUUACAGAACUUUG